GUUAAUGGCGUGGCAUGUGAUCUUGUCCACCCAACACCUCGACUCUUGUUGCAGACGUACACCUGAGGCCGGCUGGUUUGCUCAGAGAUUAAGGAAUGGAGUCCAUAUGUGGAGUUGUUUGAAGAGGCCUAAUUGGAUCUGGGUUUUGAUAAUGGUCUUAGGAAGAUUGUUUAUAUCAUGAAUGAGAAAAGCACCUCAAUUAUAGACUGCGAGGGCAAGUUUUUGGACACGUGGAAAGACUCUGAUGUGUCAUUCAAUGCCAUUCCACCAUGAAAUUACCGUCCUUGUCCUGGCAAUUCUGUGGACUUGUCUGUGCCAGCGCGUUAACAUCCCUGGUCAUUCUGAGGUUGCUCGCCUCUAUCACGCAAGACGGGCCAGUGGUUUUAAGGCAUUGGGAUUCUAGAAGCGAUCCGGUCACACAUCCGGCAGAUCGGCGUCCCUCAAGGCACAGGGGAAGGGGCAUCAGCUUUGAGCAGCUUCAGAGAGCUGAUCAGAGGCCACUCGAGUGCCCCAGGGAUCUGCUGGUGGUGAUUCUUGUCACGUCGGCCCCUUGGCACUCAGAACAGAGGGACGCCAUCCGCAGCACGUGGGCACAGAAGCGAGAGGACACGGACUACCCCUGGCAAGUGGUGUUCCUCAUCGGACUGCCCGUGGAGUUGGGCAUCUACCCACACAUCGCUCAGGAGCAGCAGGACUAUGGAGAUAUCCUGCUGGGGAAUUAUGUGGACUGCUACCGUAACCUCACCCUGAAGGUCAUGCACGGCCUGUGGUGGGCAGCGGAGAGCUGCGACUCUCGGUUUGUCCUGAAAACAGACGACGACUGUUUCGUGAACACGGACCACCUCCCUCGCUACUUGGUAGAGUUUAAUAAGGACCGGACCGGGGUCUACGUCGGCUCCGUGUUCCGGCUGGGAAGAAGGCAGGUCAUCAGGGACCAACGCAGCAAAUGGUACGUUUCCAAAGAGGACUUUCGGGAGCAGGAGUACCCGCCGUAUGCCAGCGGGAUCGGCUACGUCCUCUCCCUCGAUGUGGUGCGGGAGCUGGUGGAUGUGGCAAAGGACGUGCCGCCCGUGCCUAUGGAGGAUGCCUACGUGGGCGUUCUUGCUCGGGAGGCGGGGGUGCCGGUGAGGGACAGUGGGCGCUUUGCGAAGCAGAAUGUGAACUGGAGGGUGUGUAACUACAGGUACCUCAUGGUCAUCCAUCACCUGGACGCUGGGCAGCUGAAGGAGGCCCAGCAGAGCAUGCUCAAUGCCCGCUCCGCCUGCAACCAAACAAAAGAAAUCACUGGCUGGAAAUGAAGUGGGGCCUCCACCACAUCAAUUUACCUUGUCUGCUCCCUCUUGCUAAGGCGGACACACACACACACACACACACACACACACAAAAUCACACCCACACACAAAGACAGACACACACCCCCACACACAGGCAAACCCGCACAUGUACACACACAAACAACCCCCCCCUCCCCACACACACACUUCUGUUUAGUGAAGUGUCACGGUAAUAUGUUGUUUCUGCCUCUGUGCCAUGGCCCUGCAGUCUCUCUCUCUCUACUUCUUUGCAGUUUGCAAUAAGACUUAGCCAUGCAUCUCUAUAGACCACCCACAUUAUUGGAGGAGGGCAGACUCUAAUCUGCUCUGUCUGGGGAUCUAAAAUAUGGAUCUCUGAUUUGGUUUAGUGAAGUGUCACCCCAAGGUGUUGAUUUUCGUCUCCGAGCUGUAACUCUGCAAUGUUUUCUCCCCACCACUUGUGGUAGCAACAGGAUUAAACAGAGCCACUGCACAGA